GCGAAACGCGCGCGGCUCGGGGAGAGGACAAUGCUGGCCUGCAUCGGCUGCAAGCACAAGAAGCUCAAGUGCGAUGGGCAGAGUCCAAAGUGCCAGAACUGCGUCCGCAACUCGCGUGAAUGCCUCGUCGAGGACCCGGCGACCGGCCUCCACCGGCCGAGGAACUAUAUGCAGUCCCUCGAGAUGCGGGUCGCGUACCUCGAGUCUCUCCUCCAGCAGGCCCGGCCGGACUCGCAAGCACAGCAACCGCCAGCACGUCUUGGGUCUGUCGACGGAGGAGACGCGGCCACAGACGACGACCAGCUCGACGAGCUCUCCAACGAGGUCGCCCUGCUAUGCCUCAGCGCCGCGGGCAGGGAGCCGCACUACUUCGGGCCCUCCUCCGCGGUGUCCUUUUCGAGGAUCGUGAGCACGACCAUGGGAUUAUCGCGGCGCCAAGCGGGUGGCGGCGGAACCUCUGUGGUCAUCGUUGCUGCUGGCGGCGGGCCCGGGAGCGGGACAUCGACGCCGCUGCUGCUGCGGUUCCCGUCCCGGUCGCUCGCCAGGUCGUUGUCGCGGGCGUACUUUACAAACAUACACCCCCAGUAUCCGUUCCUGCAUCGGCCGACGUUCCAGGCGUGGGAGGAGAAGUGCAUCGCGGCGAGCCAGACGGGAGAGCUGGGUUCUUGUGGUGAUCUGGAGCUGUUCUUUGUGUUCAUGAUUUAUGCAAUUGGAUCAUUGGCGAUGGGGCCUGGCCAGUUCGAUGCCGCCGAGGCGUAUUAUCUCCGGGCCAUGGACCACCAGGCUCCUGUAUUGGACAUGGACAGCCUCGAGUCGAUACAGAGCAUCCUCUGCUGCGCGCUGUAUUCGAUUCGCUCGCCCGUGGGUGUCAGUCUCUGGAAGCUAUCAGGAAUGGCGAUUCGCCAGUGCGUGGAGCUGGGAUACCACCGCAGCACCGCGCUGCGUCGGCACACCAACCCCCUAACGGCCGAGAUAUCCAAGCGGUGCUUCUGGGUCGCCUACGACCUGGACCGCGUCGCGGCGUUCAUCCUCGGCAGGCCUGUCGGGAUCUCCGACUCGGCCAUUGCCGCGGAGCUGCCCCUGGACGUGGACGAUGACAAGAUCAUCAUCGUCGGUGACGGCGGCGGCGGCAAUAACAGUAGUAGCCUCGUCCGAGACCAGAUACGAGGGGCCACGACGACGACGGCAGUGCGCACGGUGACGGGCUUCAUCCACGCCAUCAAGCUGCGGCGCCUGUGGUCCAAGAUCAUCGACACGGUAUACCACCACUAUAGCCCGAGAUCACAAGCUGGAUCUUUGUCGUCAUCGUCAUCAUCGCAAAGGGAAGCCAUCAGAUCGCUACGCGAGGAGAUUGACCAGUGGCACGCCUCAACCCCGUACUUUAUGGACUUCUCUGACCAGGACCCGGAGCAGCAGCAGCAGCAGAAGCACCCGCCGCUCUCCGUGUUCGCCUCGCGCGAGUGGUUCCAGCUCGCAUACGACCACACCAUCCUCAUCCUGAACCGGCCACUGCUGGCUAGCCGCAGCGCCAACGUGUCAUCGCCAUCCGCCGCCACCGCCACCGCCGCUACCGCCAGUGCCGAUGCCGAGGGCCAUGAGGACGUAGGGGACGAAGAGCAAGAGGAAGAAGCAGCAGUGGACCAGGCCGUCGCCGAGUGCUGCCGCCGCGCGAGGGAGGUCUGCCUGCUCUACCGCCGGCUGUACCAGAACCCGAGCAUCCAGUUCACGUGGGGCUCGCUGCACAUCUUGUUCCUCGCGGGGCUGACGUUCCUGUACUGCAUCUGGCGGUCGCAGGCUGCCGCUGCCGCGACACGGAUGAGAGGCGGAGGAGGAGGAAGAGGAGGUGGUGGUGGUGGUGGUGGCGCGCUUUUGCGGGAUGUGAUGAACACGAGCAUGGCGUGCAACACGGUGCUCGUCAUCAUUGCGGAGCGGUGGAGCCAGGCUACUGCCUACCGGGAUCUGUUUGAGACGCUGUCGCAGCGGACGAUCAGUAUGUUGUGUGGU